AUGGCGAUGCGGCGCCCCAAGUCCGAGAUGUCGCCGCCGGCUCCACCUUCACCCUCCGACCAGAGAGAUGCUGUCAUCGAGGAGCUCCAGAAGGGCGCUCAGCUGGCGGAUUCUCUCAGGCGGCAGGUCGAGCUCAUCCCGGAGCCUGGCCGCCGCGACGCCGCGCUGGCCAACGUCAGCGACAUCUCCACGGCCCUGGCGUCGUCGCUCUCCGUCCUACAGUCCGAGAGAGAGCAGUACAGCUGCUCCUCCUCCGACGCCGCGACGGCCAAUGCUGCCGGCGCCUCCGGUGGCGGGGCUGUCAGGGCGCGAAAUGGUGCCUUGCGCAGCAGGAAGGCGAAGCAACGGCGAGGCGCCGAUGGACAGGAGCUUCCGAUCGAGGAGAUGCUCACGGAGACACCAGAAAAUGAUGGAUUCCACUGGAGGAAAUAUGGGGAGAAGAAGAUCCUAAAUGCUGAAUUUCCAAGGUUAUACUACAGAUGUGGAUAUAGCGACGAGCACAAAUGCCCGGCAAAGAAGUACGUGCAGCAGAAAAACAACAACGACCCUCCCGAGUUCUUGGUGACCCUCAUCGACAACCACACAUGCCAUACCUUGUUCCCAGCCGAAGCCAACCAACGAACAAUGAGCAGCUCAAGCAGCGCUAACUCGCAACUGCUCGACUUCACCAAAGCAUCACUCUCUUCAGCAGCUGGUGCUUCUAGGAUGAAGGAAGAGGAAGACACCGCAGCAGGAAUGUCUGUGACUGUUCCCAGCUACGCAUACGACGAGUUGUACUCUUCUUCCUCGCUACCAUUGCUGUCGCCAACGCAGUGGGAGAUGGAGAUGGAUAUCAAGUCACUCUACCAUCGUCACUCCGGAGGUGAUAGCUAUUAA